AUUCCUUACUCUAUUGUUACUUUGUAACAAACCGGGGCAGAGGCGAGGAAAAGGAGGACGUCAAUCUGGCAAAAAUUCCGUAACAUUUUGACAUUACUGUACCAAACAAGGCGAAGAACAUAACCGUCAUUAUACUUGAAGAAAAACUGCAUCGAUCCGAUUGAAACCACCAUUGCAAAGAAAGGAUAAACGAAACAGAUGUCAGCGGAUUGCUCUUCCAAUGCAAGCAUUGAAAGGCUCAAACCAGGAAGAUAAGUCAUCCGGCAGUUAUCUCAAAUUGUAACGUCUUAAACGAAACGGAUAAUGUCAGUAGCCUAAUAAAUUUCAACCAAACUGUUUGACGUCCUUCUUUCCCACCGCCUGCCCCGGCUUUAGGAUUGCUACGUCAAAGUUAAAUGGAACAUGCACUCCUGGAAGCGACCAUAAAAUAAAUGUCCUUUAUGUAGUCAGUUAGUUCGUUACACUAUUUCUGCAUUAGUAGGCUGACUAUCACAUAAAUAAGUAUUCCUACUGAAUAAAGUAACUAUUCGUUUUACUGUAGAAAGCUUUAGCCUACAACUAGAGAGAAGCUAAAACUGUCUGGGGAAAAAUCUAAAUAGGGCGUUUCAAGAUCCAAGAACAAUCCUCGGUGAAUAAAAGGAACGUUCAGCGUUUUGAUCGGGAGAAGAGGGUCCUUUUCUGCCGAAGACAUCAAGUUUCCAUGGAGGCAGUUUCGUCUCUCAGCCUCAAGCGAAGAUUUGAGGAGGUGGACAGUGGCUCUCCCUACUCUACACCAAAGGACUCUGACGAUGAAAUCUCCAGCAGUGACAGUGCUGACAGCUGUGAUAGCCUCAACCCUCCCUCCAGCACUGCACUCACACCAACCUCCAUCCUAAGACGGCACAAGCCCUCUCCAGGCCGGAAGCGGGUGCGGUUCGAUGUGGUGACGGUGUACUACUUCCCCAGGCGGCAGGGCUUUACCAGCGUGCCCAGCCAGGGGGGCAGCUCCCUAGGCAUGGCACGCCACCACUGCUCCAUCCGUCGAUACACACUGGGAGAGUUCGUCCGCGAGCAGGAGACCAGUCACCGCCACGCCCUGCGCCAACACCUCCGCCAGGAGAAGCUCAACGCUCGCAAGAUAAAGCUGACGCGUAACGGUACGGUGCAGUGUGCCCAGGCUGACCUGCUGACCCUGGAGGACGUGUCAGACGACGACUUGGAUGUAGAGGGUGUGGAGGUGGACGACUGCUUCUUCCUGCAGCCGCUUCCCACAAAGCGGCGUCGGGCACUGCUCAGGGCCUCCGGUAUCGCCCGUAUAGAUGCCCGGGAGAAGGCUGAGCUACGGACCAUCAGGCUGUCCAGGGAGGAGUGUGGCUGUGACUGCCGUUUCUACUGUGACCCCCGUCACUGUGGCUGCAGCCAGGCUGGCAUCAAGUGCCAGGUGGACAGGAUGUCUUUUCCCUGUGGCUGCUCUCGUGAUGGCUGUGGGAACUCGGCAGGCCGCAUCGAGUUCAACCCUCUCCGCGUGCGAACACACUACAUGCACACCAUCAUGAAGCUGGACCUGGAGAAGAGGAGGCUGCUGGGGCAGAAGGCAGGGGUCGGGGGGGAACAGUAUGCAGAGUCUGACCUGCUUGCCUCCCCUUCCUCCACCAGGCCUCCCUCCCCAGACCCUGACCUGUCCACAGGGGCCAAUGGCCUGGACUCUGAGUUAGAGACAGAGGAGAGAGAGGUCCAGAUGGUCCUAGAGGCUCAGGAUCUCCUGACUGACCAGGCCUGCCUCGAGCAUGAGAACGAGACCGCUGUGCUCCACCUGCAAAGUGCAGAGGAGCAGGAGAGGAUGAGGGAGGAAGAGGAGGAGGAGGAGGCACAGCGGGGCAGGGGGGGAGCAGGGGGCCUGGGGGAGCAGGCUUUGUGCCUUCUGCCUGGGGCCCUGCAGGGGGAGAUGCUUGGGGACACAGGGGUUGGGGUGGAGGGGGUCCCUAUCUCCCUCCUCCAGGGCCCGUUCCCCACUGGGGCUACCCUGCUCUGCAUCACAGAGAACCAGGAGGGAGAUGGGGAGGGGGAGAACCCCUGUGGUGGCCUGAAAGACCCGGCCUCCUCCCUGCUCUACUACCAGAUAGGUCCCAUGGAGAACGAGACGUUUCACAAGUCUCUGCCUGGGCAGGAGGAGGCGUGUGUAGAGCGAGAACCAGGGGGAGGAGAGCAGCGAGGGAGGGAUGAGCAUGGAGGUAAUACCUGCGGGCAGGGUGAGGGCGAGCUUUCGCCCCCGGUGGCUCUGUGCUCAGAGAAUGGCGUGGGUGCUAAGGAGUUACCAUUCAGCCCCCAGCAAAGCUCCUUAGAAGGGCAGUGUCAGGAGGAGGCCUGCCUGGCCACAGAAGGAGAGUUGUACCCACCACUGCCCCCUGAGGUUUAG